CAGUCUUUCACAUUGCUCGCACCACUGUGGUCAUCUAACAGCAGUACCAGCUCCUCUCCACUGGGGGCACUGUGCCAGCAGGUCCAGAUCCAUGCGGAGGUUUUCCUCACCCUUGGCAUCAUCAGUCUCCUGGAGAACAUCCUGGUCAUUUCCGCUGUUGCGAAAAACAAGAACCUCCACUCGCCCAUGUAUUUUUUCCUCUGCAGCCUGGCAGCUGCAGACAUGUUGGUGAGUGUCUCCAACUCCCUAGAGACAAUUGUGAUUGCGGUUUUGAGAAGCAAACUCCUACAACUGAGUGACCACUUUGUGCGGCUGAUGGACAACACCUUCGACUCCAUGAUUUGUAUCUCCCUAGUGGCGUCCAUCUGCAACCUCCUUGCCAUUGCCAUCGACCGCUAUGUCACCAUCUUCUACGCAUUGCGCUACCAUAGCAUCGUGACUGUUCGGCGCGCACUGAAUGCCAUUGGCGCCAUCUGGCUCAUGUGCAUCAUCUGCGGCAUCGUCUUCAUCGUGUAUUCCGAGAGCAAGACAGUCAUUGUUUGUCUGAUCACAAUGUUCUUCACCAUGCUGGUGCUGAUGGCCACGCUCUAUGUACACAUGUUCCUUCUGGCCAGGCUCCAUGUGCAACGAAUUGCCGCAUUGCCCCCGGCAGUUGUCACUGUUGACAAUCAAGCACCGCGGCACCACACCUGCAUGAAGGGCGCGGUCACCAUCACCAUCCUGCUGGGAGUGUUUGUGUGCUGCUGGGCGCCUUUCUUCCUACACCUCAUCCUCCUGGUGGCCUGUCCGCAACACCCAUUCUGCCUGUGCUACAUGUCCCACUUCACCACCUACCUAGCUCUCAUCAUGUGCAACUCUGUGAUCGACCCCCUUAUCUACGCCUUUCGCAGCCUGGAGAUGAGGAAGACCUUCAAAGAGAUCCUGUUUUGCUUUGCCAUGGGCUGCCAAGUCCUGCUGUGCGAGAGAGAGCAAGAGACG